AUGGAGCUUCCUCAGAAUCUAGAGGAUGCCACAGAAAAAGGAGCAACGGAUCUCGCGGUCAAGUCACUACAGGACGUCCAAGAUUCAGAUCUGGACCCUAGGGUCACCGUUACAAGGCUAGACACUGAAGAACUCGAUGAAAAUCUCGCGAAUCGUAUAUGCCGCGUCGCACACUGUCGUGGUUCAAGUGAAAAGGAUAGAGAACAGAACAGUUCUACGACUACGGUCGUACCUGAACCUAUCUACGUCGAAUUUGAACCAGGAGACAAAAGAGAUCCGCAAAAUUUUUCGCUCACGACGAAAUGGACGAUAACAGCCUUGGCUUGUUAUUUCACUCUCCUUUCUGCGGCUAACGCGGGAUCAUACAACAUGGGCUUUUCAACGAUGAUACGAGAUCUCAACUGUACCGAAUAUCAAGCAACGAUUGGGCUCAGUCUUUACGCGCUUGGCUUUGGCCUCGUACCACUCGUAACCGCUUCGUUCAGCGAAGAGUUUGGACGGCGACCGCUUUAUGUUUUUUCCGGGUUAGGCUUCAUGAUGAUGUAUGUCAUGAUUGCAAAGGCGCGUAACAUAGAAACUGUCUUAGUGGCGAGAUUUCUCCAAGGCGGGUUUGGAUCGACUGGGUCUACGAUGGUGGGAGGUACAGUGGCUGAUAUAUGGCGACCGGAUGAACGUGGGUUGCCUAUGGCCCUCUUCGCAUUAACCGCCAUAGGAGGCACUGGUCUUGGCCCGCUUUAUGGCGGUUGGAUAGAGAUGAACCAAAAGUUGGGGUGGAGAUGGAUACAAUGGAUUCAAAUGAUGAAUACAGGACUGAUGUUCGUACUCAUUCCGAUAGUCAUGAAAGAGACCCGGUCCUCUAUCAUUCUUACGCGGUUGGCAAAGCGUAUACGGAAGGAGACUGGGAAUCUACGUUUUCGAGCUCGAGUUGAAGAUGAACGUGCAAAUUUGAGAACUCUUAUAUAUAUCUCCUGUACCCGUCCUGUUCACUUGAUGUUCACGGAGCCAGUUGUGGCAAGCUUCAGCUUGUGGAUAGGUUUUGCGUGGGGAAUUCUUUAUUGCAUGCUUGAAUCCAUCGCAGCUCUCUUCAGAGAUUUACAUGGUUUCAACAUCGGUCAAAUAGGGACGGUCUUUGUGGCAAUGAUAAUUGGUUCCUCAGUUGGCUUUGCCACCAACUUUGUUCAGGAGCGAAUGUAUCAGAAAGGAUACCCCCAUCGAGGACCUGAAGCACGUCUAUAUUUCGCUUGUGUUGCAGCUAUACUGUUCCCAGCUGGAAUGUUUAUAUACGCUUGGACCCCUCUUCCGCAUGUUUCUUGGGUCGGGCUUGCUAUGGGUGUGUUGAUUUUCAUAUGGGCUUGCUACGUCAUCUAUCUUGCUGUGUUUUCAUAUCUCGCUGAUUGCUAUGGUCCGUUCGCCUCUUCGGCGCUGGCUGGCCAGAGUUUAUGUCGAAAUCUGGCUGGCUUCGCAUUCCCUUUAUUCACAACGCGCAUGUUCCAAACGCUAUCAUUCAAGUGGGCAAGCACCUUGUUUGCAUGCAUUGCUACGGUCAUGAUUCCGAUACCUUUCAUGCUUUUCUUCUAUGGACCUGCAAUACGGAAACGGAGCAGGUUUUCGAGAAUGGUGAUGGAGAGUAAGAAGCUUUAG